GCCUAUUCUGUAUUAUAGCCUACACCUCGCGUGGCUGAUAAUUUGGAUCACCCAUUAGUGACCAAUGGAUUAGAGCAGUUGCCGUUAACUGUUUUGCCCAAAGACACAUACGCUCACAAUGUUAGCAGCUAGAGUCUUGAAGCCAUUACCUCUGGGUUAGAGGCAGGCGCGCUUGGUAAUUAUUAUGUUGCAUCUCGUGCUGCAUGCUUCUUUGGAUUAUGCGCUCUCUCCGACGUGUUUGACUCUCUCGGCGUUGUUAUGAGAGAGCAGUUCAAAUCACUUACAGCUCAGUAAAUGAUGAGAAUCUAUAAGAGUUUCCCAGUGAUCUGCAUAAUCAUAUUUAUCAUUAUGUUUACUUAUUAUAACAUCAGAACGUUGGAGUAUGCACUUUUCAGAACCAUAGAAGUGCUCACCGUCCACGAAAAUUAUAACGUCGGAGUUAUUGGCCAUGCGCCUCCACAGGAGGAAUCCGAAAGACUUUGGGAAUUUGUUCACAAACUUCAGUAUCAAUGUAAAAAAUCCGCUCGAAUUGGUGGAAAUAGCCAUAAUGGAGACGGAAGUUACGAAAUCUGUUUUGAAGAUAAGUAUUGGCCUCUUCAGUCAAGCUCGUCGCAUAAAUGUCUCGUCUAUUCGUUUGGUAUCGGUGGUGAUAUUAGUUUUGAUGAAGCUUUGGCGAACAAAGGCUGCGAAGUUCACUCAUUUGACCCAAGUACGAAGUGGGAAGAUGGUCGAGUGUUUCCUUCGGGUGUAACCUUUCAUAAGAUUGGAAUAUCAGAUAAGGAUCUCGAUGCAGAUGAAAGCGGCUGGAAGAUGAGAACACUUCAAACCAUCUUGAAAGAGCUCGGACAUUCCGGAAGAGUUUUGGAUGUAUUGAAAGUAGACACCGACGCUCCAGACGGGGGUGGCUUCGAAGACAGGCUAAUGCAAGAGCUACUGGACACUGGCUUGCACAGAUGUGUUCGCCAACUUACAAUGGAAAUCCACAUUCCUGGACCAAUUUCACGACCGAAGUGGUUGAAUAGAUGCCGCACUGUGUAUCAACAGAUGAUGCAAAUGAACGAUAAAGGAUAUAAAACGUUCAACGUGACGGACAAUGUCAGAUACUUACAAACGAUUUUUAAGGACCCUACAAUAACCGGAGAGAAAAACGUGCGGCCGUAUUUAGCAUACGGAAUAAACACGGCGCUGUGGGAAAUUACGCAAGUUAACACCCAAGUGACAGAUACAUGCGUUGUAAAGUAAGGUGGUGGAAGAUGGGACACCGUUUCAUUCUAUUUUCUCUUGCCAAUUGGUAGUAAGAAAAAUCAUUCAAAGAAUUAUAAAACCGUUUCUUCAGGACUCCGAUUGGCUAAUUGUUUAAAACACGAUCAGGAUAUUUGAAUAUUGUGUUCUAAAAGUGUCCCGUCUACUCCCACCUUGUUAUAUAACUUCAUGUUUUUAUCAUGCACACAAGCCUGUUUUUACGAAUGUGCCGUUUGUUUUGUAGAUUCAUUUUGGCCGAACAUUUGUUCUUGUUGGACACGUUGGAGACAUUUCUUGUCUCAUAUUUCCAAAUAUCUAUCAGAGUUAAUUUAUGACGCAUUAUUAAUUAUACUUGUUCUCGUUCACACACAAGCCGACCUAUUUGGCUGACCCAUUCGUAACGUGUGAAACCGGAAGCAUGUAUAAUCACUGCAUUCGUAACGUGUGAAAACCGGAAGCAGGAUCGCUACAGUAUCGCAUAUACCAUGUAUACGUUGUUAUUAUCAUAUUAGAAGUUUAGCGCAGUAACGCCCUUUUGAGAUAUCGCAGUUUAAGUUACAUAUAUAUUCACUUGUACAAAUUAACCGUGUUAUUUAUAUAUAUAUUCUAUUUAAAUAAGGGACUGAAUAAGUAGUCAUGCCAACUGCUGCAACUUAUAUAUACCGUCGCAUACGAAUUAAGCAAUAAAGAUAUAAU